AUGAUGGCCGGCGGUGCGCUCCAGCAGACCGGGGUCCCGGUGCCGGUGCUCUCGGCUCAGGAGCAGCGGCACGAAGAGGAGGAGGAGGAGGAGGAAGAGGAGAAGGAGGAGAUCCCGCAGUUGCCGCCGCUGCCGCACUCGCACAUGGACUCGGAGGCGGUGGAUUCCCGCAAAAGACCGCUGGAGACCCCGACUGAGGCGGGAAGCACCAAGCGCACCAACAUCGGGGAAGAGGGUGAGUACUUCUUGAAAGUGCUGAUCCCCAGCUAUGCGGCCGGUUCAAUUAUCGGUAAAGGAGGACAGACCAUCGUUCAGCUGCAGAAAGAGACCGGUGCCACCAUCAAACUGUCCAAAUCUAAAGACUUCUACCCAGGUACGACAGAGCGUGUAUGUUUAAUCCAGGGUACAGUGGAGGCGCUGAAUGGAGUUCAUAACUUCAUCGCCGAGAAAGUGCGUGAGAUGCCGCAAAGCAGCCAGAAAAGCGAACCAGUCAGUAUCCUGCAGCCUCAAACCACCGUUAACCCCGACCGGGUCAAACAGGCUAAACUGAUCGUGCCAAACAGCACAGCGGGGCUGAUCAUUGGUAAGGGCGGAGCAACGGUGAAGUCGGUGAUGGAGCAAUCGGGCGCCUGGGUGCAGCUCUCACAGAAGCCCGAGGGCAUCAACCUGCAAGAGAGAGUGGUGACAGUGAGCGGCGAGCCUGAGCAGAACCGCAAGGCUGUAGAGAUUAUUGUGCAGAAGAUCCAGGAGGACCCUCAGAGCAGUAGCUGUCUCAACAUUAGUUAUUCUAAUGUCACAGGACCUGUGGCCAACUCUAACCCCACAGGCUCACCAUAUGCCAACAGUGCUGAGGUUCUACCUAGUGCCGCUGCUGCUGCCGCUGCCACUGCAUCCACACUGCUGGGCCAGGCGGGCCUUGCCAGUUUCCCCUCUGCAAUGUCUGGCUUCUCGGGCAAUGACCUGCUGGCCAUCACCUCUGCCCUGAACACACUUGCCAGUUACGGCUACAACACCAACACAUUGGGGCUUGGCCUGAACCCAGCAGCCGCCUCUGGGGUGUUAGCCGCCGUCGCUGCUAGUGCUAACCCUGCAGCUGCUGCCGCAGCUAACCUCUUAGCAUCGUACGCCAGCGAGGCAUCUGGGGGAGCAGCUCACCCGGCUGCACCCGGGCUUGCUGGCUUCUCACUUGGUUCUCUCGCAGCAGCCACUGGGGCUUCCAACGGCUACCUGAACCCGGCCACUUCCCCAUUGGUGGCCUCGUCACUGCUGGGGACCGAGAAACUUGCUGAGGGUGGCAAGGAGGUGCUGGAGAUCGCCGUGCCUGAGAACCUGGUGGGUGCCAUUUUAGGGAAAGGGGGGAAGACACUGGUAGAGUACCAGGAGCUGACAGGGGCGCGCAUCCAGAUAUCAAAGAAGGGCGAGUUCAUCCCAGGCACACGCAACCGCAAGGUGACCAUCACAGGGUCGCCGGCAGCAACACAGGCCGCACAGUAUCUCAUCAGCCAGCGGAUCACGUAUGAGCAAGGCGUCCGUGCCACAAACCCUCAGAAAGUGGGCUAG